UCUUCUGUUUUUUUUUUUUUCCAAGGAGAGCUCCAUUACGCGUUCAAUUCUCCAUGAGAAAUCUGAAUGGCGCUCGCCUGAUUUGAUCGCAGUGUAUGCGGAAAGAGAGAGGGAGAGGGGGACAAAACAAACAAACAAACAAACCCAGCAAGGCAGGAGGAAGACGACAGGCUUUAAUCAGGAGGACGGAGAGGAGAGAUGAAAUCACGCCGCUAAUAUGAUGCGCUUUCUGCUGGACUGCCUGAGGCCGGGACGCCAGCGCGCGAGCUGCGGCAGGUAAAGACGCACCGCAGCCGCAGCAUCUUCUGCAGCCCUGAGCACCAACCACGCUUUAUCAACACGACACCAGUGUGUGACAAGUACUGCACAUGCAGAUGCUCCACACGAUUUGAGAGCAAUGCAGAGAAAACUCAGUGGAAAUACCAACCAAGGAGAGAGACCCUGGCAAUGAAACUGAACUCAAGGAUCUGGAGGACGUGGUGGCGAUGGAGGAAGGGGCUCUGCAGAGAAACAGGGCUCAGUGCCGGGACAGCCAGCAGGCCCUUGAGAGCCUGGCCAAGAGGAGAGCACAGCUGAGGGAGGAAAUCGAACGCAUCCAAGAGCAGCGCAAGCAGGAGGGCCAGCUGCUCCUGUCUCUGCAGGAGGAGCAGGAGGAACUGGAGCAGAGAGUGCAGGAAUAUGAGGCAGAGCUGACGAGAGCUAAAGACGAGCUGCGGCGCCUCCAGGAGGAGAUAAGCAGCACCAGAGCGAGGGUGGAGGAGGUGCACGGCCGCAUGGGCCCGCUCAAACACUGCAUCGGAGAAACGUACACGGAGAUCACUGAGGCUAAACAGAGACUAGGUGAACUGAUUACUGAGAUGAUUGCCAUCGAGGCAUGUGCUCCUGAGAUCACGUCCCACCAGGCGAAAGAAACCUUAUCCAUGGCUGUAGACAGCAGUUCCAGAGAGGAAGACGAGGAUGUCAAAGAGCAGUGCAACCGUGUCUACGAGGACAAAAAAGCACUCAAACUUCACAGUGUGGAGAACGAGCCUUCUGAGCAGGAAAACGAAGACGGACCUGAGAAACUGCAGCGCUCUGCUGAGAACUUGAAGAGCAGUGGUUCGUCUUCAUUCACUGAGAUCACUUUAACAGAGUUUAAAGAAGAGGAUGCAUCACCCAGAUCAAUAACGUCACAGCACACUGGCUCUGCUGAUCUAGAAGAAGAGGAUUUUGAAAUCGUCCAAUCCCUCAUGUCCAAACCGGUUAAUCAGACUGCUAGCAAGGAGUUUGACUUCUUCCACCCAGACCCUUUUGUUGAUUAUGAUGUGUUCGGAGAUGAACGCUUUCCAAAAGUGGAUAUGACAGAAUUCCUAUCUGGUGAUCCAUUCAAAGGCAGCGACCCCUUUGCUUGUGAUAACCUGUUCAAUGAUGUAGCAAAUGGCCCGUUUCCUCAGGAUUCACCCCUCAGUGAAGAAGGCAGUGCUAAGGAAUCCAACCCUCUGCCUUCGAGUCCUGAAUCUGCUAGUAAAGAAGAACAUGCCGAUAUUGCAAAUGUUGCCUAUAUUCCAGCUAGUUCUAACUGCAGUCAGUCCAUUGACUCUGGAAUGUUUGAACAAAAUGUCCCUGAGCUUGCUGAUUCUGAGAAACACGUGUCAUACGAUGAUGUCUGUCCUCAGGUUGGAAUUGAAAUCACAGUGACCCAAGAUCUCGACAAUGUGGAACUGAGUAACACCAUAGGAAAUGAGUCGGAUCUGCCUGCAAUCCCCCAGAUUGAAGAUGGAGGACGGUUCGACCCUAUUGUUUGCGAACAUAAUAAUAUUCACGAAUCUGAGUCCAGUUCCACAGUUGACAGCUCCUUUGAUGGAGAUUUUGGCACAGCCGAAGAUCAUCCAGAGGAAGAGCCAGAAGUUGAGGCAGAACCCAGUUAUAUUAGAAGGAAUCAAGCGCUGUACGGACUUCAGCGGAUUGAUACAAGCUCAUACACAAGUUUUCCUCUCAGUCCUGAAGCAUAUGAUCCAGAGCCGUUUCCUGUUAGCAGUAAUAUAGAUGAGAAGCCAUCAUCCUUGAGUAGCGAUCAGAAUACUGUCACUGAAAUAAAGCCUGAGAUGGAAUUAAUUGAAGACACAGAAAAUGUGUCUCCUCAUAUUGAUCCUGGUAAUCCAAGCCCUCCCAAUCAAGAGGUACAUGAUGUAAAGAGUGACCCUUGCUCUCUUGAUCUGAAAGAAGAUCAUUUCAGUAAUACAAAUGAUGUGAGCCAUAAUGAAGAACCAUCCGACUCAGACGACCACAAAUUUGGCGAUAUAUAUUUCUUCACAGUCCGGUUAGACCCUGGUAGUUCUGACGCUAGCCCUGUUUCUCCUGAAGUAAGCGAGAGAAAGAAAUCUGAGGGUGACCACGCAAGUCCUGAAUCUGUUGACACAGAUGAAUUUGACUAUGCUGCUCCAGAGGACCCUAAGCAGGGUAGUUUUGAAGAUCAUCCAGAGGAAAGCUUUGACAAAGAAGAAUCCAAGGUCAGACCAGAACAACCGCCCAUCAGUCCUGAACCAAAUGAACCAGUUGAGUCUGAGUCAAAAAAUCCACAUUCAAUCCCUAUUUCUCUUGAACCUAAAGACCAAAGCACUGGCCUUGACCCCUUUGAAUGCAAUAUAUUUGAUUUAGAGAGCAAUAGUGCAUUUAAACCCCAAUCAGAAGAUACAGAAAAUGUUGAACUAGCUUGUACUGUGGAUACAAAUUCAGAGAGCUGUAAUACAGAGCCUGUAGUUCAGUACCUCAUAAGCCCUGUCUCUGGUGACACUGGGAUGUUUGCGACCGAUGGUUACAAGCUUUGUGCUCGCAACCCAUUCAGCUUUGACACUGGUAGCAUAGAUCACUGUGACAACACUGAAAGGAAUCCUGAGCCUCUUGACUCUGAAACUUGUGUUAUACAGGAAUCUGGCUCAUCUGAGACAAAUUUCCAAAGCUUGGUCCUACUGGAUCCAGUACUCAUAGGUAACCCAGUAAAUGCAUUUGAAGCCAAAAAUCCAAACACUGACAGCAGAAGACUAGAUUCUGGGUAUCAUGAAUUUAGUGGACUGGAUCCUUUCAGUCCUGCACCUACAGAAUCACAUUCAGUGUCUACAGAAAUGGGUCCAGGCUCUGUAACUGACAAUCUAGUGAUAGAGAUUCCCAGUCCCACCAAUUUGGAUAUAAAGGUCCCUGAUCCCUUUAGCCCUGAGUCCAGUGAUACAACUAUAUUUGAUUCUGAACCUGAAAUCUGUAACCCUGCAACCAACGAUGGAAUAACAAAAGAUUCAGGUCUCGGGUGUACUGGUUCUUCUGAUGUGCUUGCUGAUUCCUUUAGUGGAUCCGAACUUGACAGUUUUGACCCCUUUAGUCCGAUGCCGCAUCUUACAGGAAGCAGUUACACUCACUGCAACAUGGAUAUCCUUGUCCCUGAAUCUGUCCAAGACGAUUCCAGACCUUAUGGAGAUAACAGAUCCAGUAGCUGGGACUCUGGAGUUAGUCAGUCUCCUCAACUACACUGUGAUUCUACACCAAACAGAGCAGAUCCCCUCCUACCACCCGAGGCCAACCUGGUUAGCCCUGAUACCCAAAACUUAAGCUUUUCACCCAGUUACUCAACAACAGACAUUUUUUUCCAGUCCAACUCCAGUACCUUGACAGGUGAUGUUGGCUCAACACCCAAAGUUGAGAAAAUAACCAUACAGGAAAAAAAUUCCACAGUAAGUGUCACAGCCAUGGAAGACCUCGCCGAAAUAGAUUUCUUCUGCUCUGAGCUCAGCAAAAUGGUGGCCUCACGUUCCUCCGAUUCUGUUCAGCAAAGUGUCACCGAGAUGCUUUUUGGCUCUAAUCCAGACACUGCCAAGUUCUAUCCAUGGGAUUUGGAAAACAGCAACACUGAUAUUAAGGAGACCUCAAGUCCAGAAGUUGAUUUCGGACAUAUGCUGGAUGAUGCCAAGAAACCUAGCUUGCUAUGAUGAAGGGGCACUCAUAAAAUUUGCACGGACAAGUACAGUACUUUUAGAGAAGCUUCUUGUGUUCUCUGUUAGGAAUCUGAAAUCAAGCUUCCAGGAAAUGACAUCAUCAAUGACUAAACAUUACUUUGAACAUACAUAUCAUAUGACACCAGAGGAUUGCCUACUGUAGCAAGGACAAAACGAUCUAUCUAUAAUGGAGGUGUUGUGAAGCCAGAAGAUUACUGAAGACUGAAACAUUGGUUAUGGAAUCUCCCUAGAAAUAAGUACCAUACUUGACCUUUAGGUUUGAACCCUUUUAGAAAGAAGGUUUUCUCCAUUUUAGUAGUAGACCGAAUCCUCGUAAAGCCUGAUGGACAGUUUAAGUAGCACCACUGCGUCAUGUUGUACCUCCGUGUACUCUGUACUAAAAUGCACUGCACAUAUCAGUUGUCUUCUUCCACUUCUUAAAUGUGUCCAUUUUUUUGGAAGAAUACCAUCACCUGAUGUAACAAGCAUGCUACAUUGUCCUUCCCAGCUUCUUGGGUUAUUUCAGGGGUGUAACAUAUUCCUUUGUUCAUACAUCUGUACAAACCUGACUUGUUUAACAGGGUUUAUUUUAAGACAAACAUCGCAGAAAGUCUCAGAGUGAGAGAGAGAGAGAGAGAGAGAGAGAUGGACAGAGAGAGGACACAGCUGACUGAAGGUUCUCACAUUGAAUACCUCUAGUACAGUGCUGCAUGAAUCAAGUGUUCUUAAAGAGUGUAUGUAGAGAUUAUUAAUUUAUCCACUGGCUAUUUUCCGAGUAGAUCCGUUAGAAAUUUCAUUAAAUUUAGCAGUGUUUGCAUCCAGUGCGUGAGUCUGGUAAACAAGUCAUUACAUUUGUAUGACCUACACUACUUACUAUCUUGAUCAUGUUAAGUAGCAUUUUAUACAGAGUUCUGUUAUUAAUUUUCACACAUCACGAAUCAUUGUAUAAGUGCUCUGCUUCUUCAGGCCUUGGAAUCUGCAAUACUAAUCAAUAUAUAGAGAAUUGCUUAUGUUUUAUAAGCAAUUCAUAACACAUAUAUGAAAUUAUAUAAAUACAUGUUCAGCCUAAUGUAACUACUACAAAUCCAAAUGAAUGAAGAUUUUAAGCAACUACUGAUACACAAAUUAUGUCAUAUCUGUGUGUAUGCUUGUACUAGAUGUCUGUCUGUUCUUGUGUGCAAAGUGUUUUAUCAUUGGCAUCAAAACAUUAAUUUGUAAAAUAAAUGAAUAUAUAAUACAGUAAAAGUUUUAAAACAGC